CUCUUCACUGUCAGAUGAACUUGGAAGUUUUGUGGCCUUGUCAAAUUCCCACGGUAACUGCGAAGAACAGCUUUGACCAUUUGCACACGCGAAAAGCCUUCAUCAACUACACCAUCCUAAAUGGCUUCCGCAGAAACUAGAAAAGCAAAGUCAAGGUUGAAGGUCCUCUCUUCGUCCCUCACUGAGAUCGAAGCUGCUAUAGCGCCUCUAUUAUCCGGCGAACGAACACUUCCAGAAAUCCUCCUUACGUUGGAACCAUUAGAACAAGCAAAGUUGCAAACAACAUUGCCGUAUCUGGUAUACGAUUUAAUUUUCAUAUAUUUGAGAACUAGGGGCAUCGACCCCAAAACCCAUCCAGUCGUCACCGAACUCGAAAGAGUACGACAGUACUUUGAAAAGAUAAAAAACGCAGAGAACACACCCGUCCGCGGAACUCAGGUAGACAAAGCAGCGGCUAACCGAUUCAUCAAGCAUGCGAUCUCCCAAGCCCAAAUCGACGCUGAUGCCGCUGGUGUUGCGUAUCCACCGAAAGCCUCUUCAUCCACCGCCCGGCUCACCCCCGCGUCAAAUUCUGCAGGUGUCAAUCCAUCGGAAUCAUCCGCAUCCUCUGCAGCUCGUGUACCAGUGAAAGUGACGUCCAAGAUGCUGGAACGGCAGGAAUGGCAGAAACGCGUCGAGGAAGCGGGGAGUGAGGAGGGAGAAGAAGAAGAAGAAGAAGACAUUGAGGGAUGGGAAGAGGGGGAUGGUGUUCGGGAAGAUGAAGAGUCGGAGGUGAAGACUAAAUCUAUAUCAAAAGGGAAGGGGAAAGCCGUUGAGUCAUUGGAUGAUACUGAACGAUUGGGAAGUAAAAGACGUCGGCCUGCGAUUGAUCCUUUUGAAGCUAGUGGUUUCAUCGAUUUCGACAACCCCUCAGACUCCCAUCCCACAAAAAAACAAGCCAUUCUACCUCGCACUCGCAAUUCAUCUACCGCUAAUCCAUCCUCGUCCCCGUCCUCGUCCACAUCGACCACUGUUGAUAGUCCUAGCACCGCAGCAACAAAAGCGGAAGAAAAGAAGAAAAGGCGCAAGGACAAGAAGAAAAAGCAGAAAGCGGCAAUAAAAGAAUUGAAGGCUCCGGAUAGAGCUGGUCGGAUUGUUGAGUUAUUGGCGGAAGUGGCGGCAUCGCAGGGUACGGUGGUGGCUUCGUCGAGCGAGAGUGAGGAAGAUUGACGAUGAUGAUUGAAGGGGUUUGGUGAAUAUGUUUGGUUGUGGCAUUAGGGACGUCAGUUCAGGUAGCUAAGGAGAAGGUCAAACGCAAACAGUCAAGCAGAUUAGUUUAAUCUUUAAUUGUCGUCUUCCUUGAAUUUUUAUCGAAACAAAUUCCAAACAUUCUCAUCCACUGUACAUUUACAAAAAGUUCUAAAUCAGAACACCAAAAAGGUUUGCGAAGGGCACGAACACACCGCGCGUCUGCCGACAUGCCCUGAUCUCCUAAGACUAACUCGGUCAGCACUGCAGGCUGCGGAAUUGCUUCCCUGACCUGACAAGUGCACAUUAUUCCAAGCCUAAACCACUCUUUUCAGAGCGGGAAGCGAUGGAUACCAAAGUUUUCUGGAGGGGACAGUCUUGAACCAGCGCGCGAGAGGUUAACUCGCUGACAUAAACCACCUCACAUUCCCAGGUUCGGGCCAUUACAGCCACUUCACCA